GUUCCGAUAAGGUUCGUCUAUCAGGCUACUAACCCGGAGGAUAUAACGGAUCAGCAUAAGGAUAGCUUACUUAACUUCUUUAACCGCGAACUAGCGAAGUUAUAUAGGGCCUCCAGCUCGGGCCUUAUUCACUACAAACUUAAGUAUAAGCGUAGACUCGGACUAUUUAGACUUCUUCCCGAGAUCCUAACUAAGUUACAUAAGCCCUCUACGGCUUCCUCAGUCCCCUACGAUUACGGUUCUUCCACUAGAUUCGGCAAUCUCGAUAUACUUGAUAGGCCUACUAUACGGAGUAAAUAUUAUCCUAAUACCCCGCUCUCUUCCGUCUCGUCCUACUUAGAUACUACUUCUAAGAAACGGAACGAUAUAGACCCCUACGUUCCUUUCCUAGAGGGUUACCUAGGUAACUAUUCGUAUAAUUAUAAGGAAAUCUUAAAUAAGCCGAAGGGUACGAGUCUAUUACUUCUUAUUCGAGAACGCCUAGCGUUUAAGCCUCUUUUCCUAAUCCGAGAAGAUAUAAAGGAAAGGAGUAAAGAAUACCCCGUAUAG